UAAAUAAGUAGGGAAUGAUACUUUAUUACUCAUCGCCGAAUAAAACAUCGUCGUAUUGACGUGUUCAACGUCACAGUCUUCAGACUACCAUUAUACGAAUAUACGGUAUAGGGGAAACAUCGUAGCUUAAAGCAAGACUACUGUGUUAUUCAUAACGGCCUUAUAAUGUCUCAACAAUAUUAUCCAUUCAAGUGUACACCUACGGUAUAUCCUGCAGAUCCAUUUGAUGCUAAUGCAGAUGCAGCUGUGCUUCGUAAAGCAAUGAAAGGUUUUGGAACUGAUGAGAAAGCCAUUAUUGAUAUAUUAACCAGAAGAGGAAUUGUCCAACGUUUAGAAAUUGCAGAAGCUUAUAAAACUUUAUACGGAAAAGAUCUAAUAAGUGACCUUAAAAGUGAACUUACAGGGAAAUUAGAAGAUGUAAUAAUAGCCCUUAUGACGCCUUUGCCACAUUAUUAUGCUAAAGAAUUGCAUAAUGCAGUAAGCGGAUUAGGAACCGACGAAGAAGCAAUUGUAGAAAUUCUUUGUACUCUUAGUAAUUAUGGCAUUCGCACAAUUUCUGCAUUUUAUGAGAAUCUAUAUAGUAAAAGUUUGGAAAGUGAUCUGAAGGGAGAUACUUCAGGUCAUUUCAAAAGAUUAUUAGUAUCUCUUGUUCAGGCUAACAGGGAUGAGAAUCAAGGAAUAGAUCAUGAUCAAGCAAUUGCUGAUGCUCAAGCAUUAUAUGAAGCUGGUGAAAAGCAAUGGGGUACAGAUGAAUCUCAAUUUAAUGCUAUAUUAAUAACACGAAGUUAUCAACAAUUAAGACAAACCUUCCUUGAGUAUGAAAAGGUUGCCGGACAUGAUAUAGAAGUUGCUAUUAAAAAAGAAUUUUCUGGAAAUAUUGAAAAAGGACUCUUAGGAAUAGUGAAGUGUGUGAAAUCAAAGGUGGGCUUCUUUGCUGAACGCUUAUAUGAUAGCAUGCAUGGAAUUGGAACAAAAGACAAAACUUUGAUUCGUAUUAUUGUAUCAAGAAGUGAAAUAGAUUUAGGUGAUAUUAAGAAGGCAUUUGAAGAACGUUAUGGAAAAAGUUUGGAAAGUUGGAUUGCUGAUGAUACUUCCGGUGACUACAAAAAAGCUCUUUUGUCAUUAGUUUCUACUUAAUACUGAUCAUAAUAUUCAAUGUAUAAACAGUAUAAAUGAACUUUUACAGUGUACAGUAAUAUUAGUAUGACAUUAUCUGGUGUUCAAACUAUAAACUUUUUUUAGAAUCUCAACUUUUCUUUUGUAAAAAUGUAAUUGUCAUUAUGAGAGCUCCAUGUUUUGGUCAUAGUAAAAGUUCGAUGUACCUUACAUAUGUCUAAAAGUUUAAUUAUGGAUAAAUUAAUAUUUUUUA